AUGGAGAAGAUUAUUUCACGUAAUCCGAAAUCUCACUAUUAUAAUGUCUAUUUCCCAAAUCGAUUUAAACGUAACUGCUAUCGAUUCAAAAACGCUCUUCACAAUCGCCUCUAUCCCAUUUCUCCAUUUUUGUUUUCAACAAUAUUCAUAGUGACUGCUUCACUUUUAUAUAGAAAUCCACCAAAACAAUAUUUGAUGAUUAUUUUGCCAGGAAUACUUCAUGAACAGACUGCAAUUAUUCUCAAUAUUUUAUCGAUCGCUUUUAUGAGUACGUAUUUACCAGUACUGCUGCUCAGAUUUACCAUAAAACAUUUAUAUUUUGGUUACAAAAGAUAUCUAUUCGAGGAAGAAGGAAACUAUUCCCUUUCGACAAAAUUGUGGUUUAUAUUUCAUCAUUUAUUCAAUAAAUUAUCACCACAACUGUAUUCGUGUGAAGGAUUACUGCCAACUUUACCGCUUCCAUCGCUUAAAGGUACGAUCGCCAGGUACCUUAACAGUGUGGAACCUUUGCUGAGUUCUGAAGAAUUUACGAAUGUAAAGAACAUGGCUGAAAAUUUUUUAAAAAACGAAGGAUGGAAACUUCAAGGAUUAGCAUGGCUCUAUUGGUGCUUUGUUGACAAUUAUGUCACUAGCUUCUGGGAGAAAUUUGCUUACCACUAUUCAAGAAAAGGUAUUCUGAUAAAUAGCAGUGUUGCGCAUCUUGAUGUCUUCGUCAAUGUACCUGCGAAUCAGGCUGUUCGAGCAGCCCAUGUGGUGCUACUGGAAACAUUAAGCAUGCUAUCGAUUGAUCAGGAAUCUCUACAACCUAUAGCUGGCGGAGUCAUUAGUUUAUCACACCUUUGGAAGUGCUAUGCAACAACAAGAGUACCGGGAGAGAUUAUGGAUCAUUUGGAAGUGUACUGUGGAACUUCACGUCAUAUCGUUGUUUAUUAUCGAGGUUGCAUUUAUAAACUGAAUGUUUUUGAUGAAAAUGGUCGUAUUUUUGAUUUGAAAGAACUUACUGAAAUAUUUUCGGAAUUGCUGACUCGCAAGGAAUGCAUUGGAGAAAUAGAAGGACGAAUCGCGGCGUUGACGACUGACUAUCGAAAUCAAUGGUGUUUGAAUCGUCGUCGGUUUUUUCUAGAAAAUGCCACAAAUCGAGCUUCUUUGGCACUGAUAGAAUCCGCUAUUUUCUAUUUAAUCCUUGAUGAAUCUAAUUACAACAGUGAUCCGGAAGAGCUCGAAAUUUUCUUCAAAAAUAUGUUAACUGGUGAUGGAAGGAAUCGUUGGGCAGACAAAUCAUUAAAUUAUGUCAUUUCUAAUAAUGGAAGAGGUGGUGGAACAACAGAGCACUCAGUAGCCGAUGGAGCAGAAUUUGCUUACAUUUUUGAAAAUUAUCUUUCCUCAGAUUUCAACGCCUUUCAAGUAGAGGAGAUAGUACGUCCCAACAAUCUUUCUUCAACGGAAAAAUAUGCUGUUCGAUUGAAUUUUGAUAUUAACGAGCAGAUGAAGGCAGAGAUCAACCGUUGUUAUGCUAGUUACCAGGAACAAAUUAAUGAUGUCGACGUUGCCUGUCUUGUUUUCCGUGAUUUUGGUAAAGGCUUUAUCAAAAAAGUUGGCAUUUCACCUGAUGCAUUUAUUCAAAUGGCUAUACAAUUAGCAAGCUUCAAAGAUCAAAACAAAUUUUGUCUGACCUAUGAAUCAAUAUCAGCAAGAUUUUACGCAAACUCAAGAACAGAAACAUUACGUCCUGUAACAAAAGAAUCGUGUGCAUUUGUUAAGUCAAUGAUCAGCACAGAGAGCAACAGCGAAGAGCGUCUCAAAUUAUUGAAGACAGCAGCUAAAGCCCAUGUAUUUCACAGUAAGGAAUGCUUAACUGGAAGUGGUGUUGAUCGACAUUUAUUUGUUCUUUAUAUUUUAAGUAAGAUGACUGGCAUAAACAGUUCAUUGUUGGACUACUAUAUAACUCAACCUUGGGAACUCAGUACCAGUCAGACACCGAACGUGACACGCCAAAUAAAUGAAGAUGAGUAUCCCAACCUCUCUUGGUUUGGCGGUGGGUUCCAGGCUACCUGUAAAAGUGGAUAUGGUAUCAGUUAUCGUUUCGCUGGCAAUCAUUCAAUAUGUAUAAACAUCGCUUCUUAUAAAUCUGCCAAAAAUACGGAUUCACACCGACUUAGACAACAUUUGAUGCAGUCAAUGCAAGACAUUUCUGCAAUGUUCAGAACUUAA